AUUAGCAAUGUUAUAUAGAUUUCAUCAAAAUUAUUCAGUUAUAAAACAUGUGAUGUUAUUUGUUUCUCAUUCAAAAAAGUGUUCAUUUCCGGUGUGAAUGUAGUUUCAGAAACAUAUGAAAGUGUGCAUUUUCAUUUAUUUUCUGUCGUCAUUUUUAGCCACGGUAUCGUGUGCGCGUUUGUAAAAUUGCAGAUUCGUUUUAUGUUCGUUCUUAACUGGUUCCGAACCGUGGUGUACACACGCGUUUCGUGAUUAUUACGUGGAUUCGGGACUUGCCAGGCGCAUCGUCAUAGGGGAAGGUUGGUGUGGCCGACUCGCAAUUUCCUGGUGCAAGUUUCGCCGAAGGAUCAACAAUUAAUCCCAUCAGUGAGCUCUCGUCCAGUGGGGCGCUACCGUUUUAUAUGACUUUAGCAAGAUUUACAGAGACUACAGUACAGUGCGAGGAGAGUGGUCGGUGUGUCGUCGCGAGCAAGGCCGGCUGCCGACGAGCGUGCAUGACGCUUCACAUAACGAGCAAUACUGCCCGCAGAAGAACAAAGUUUUGCAGUAACAGACAUCGGAAGCUGCUGCCGCUGCGGCAAACGUGACUGGCGCGCGCCGCGGGUGCACUCGGCCCGCAUGCCGUUGUAGACGCGAGCAGCUCGCGCGAACACGCUGCCGAUCCAGUGUCAAAAAAAAACCACCCCUGGAAUAAUUAGUUAGUGUAUUAUAAGUGAGAAUAGCCAUAAGCCAUGGGGUCCGUCAACGUGAACCGUAAUGUCGCGGACGCGUUCUACCGCUACAAGAUGCCGCGCAUCUGCGCCAAGGUGGAGGGCAAGGGCAACGGUAUCAAGACGGUCAUCGUCAACAUGCCCGAGGUGGCCAAGGCGCUGGGCAGGCCGGCCACAUAUCCAACGAAGUAUUUUGGCUGUGAAUUGGGAGCUCAAACGCAAUUUGAUUUCAAGAAUGAGCGCUUUAUAGUUAAUGGAAGCCACGAUUCGGCUAAAUUGCAAGAUCUGUUAGAUGGGUUCAUCCGCAAGUUCGUGCUGUGCCCCGAGUGCGACAACCCGGAGACGGACCUGAUCGUGUCGACGAAGCGCAACACGAUCUCGCAGGGCUGCAAGGCGUGCGGCUACCACGGCCAGCUCGACUUCAGCCACAAGCUCAACACCUUCAUACUGAAGAACCCGCCCGCCGCCGACCCCGCCGUGCAGGGCUCGUCGCUGACGGAAGGCAACCGCGGCAAGCGGUCCAAGCGCAGCGGGCCGGCCGCCAACGGGAACCACGACGGGGACAGCGAGGCUAAGAACGAGAGCGACGUGCCCAUAACGCCGACGACGCCGAGCGCGAAGAGCGUGAAGAAAGAGAAGGACAAGAAGCGCGGCGACGACGACGACGACGACGGCAACUGGACGGUGGACGUCAGCGAGGCGGCCGUGAGGGCUCGGAUGCAAGAUCUGACGGAGGGCGCGAAGAGCAUGACGGUGUCGGAGGACAGCGAGAAGAACGAGAAGCAGCGCAUGGACCUGUUCUACUCGUUCCUCAAGCAGAAGGCGGACGCGAACGACGUGGACGGCGCACGCGCAGUCAACGAGAUCGUGCACGAGGCGGAGCGGUUGGACGUGAAGUCGAAGGCGUUGCUGGUGGCGUUCGAGAUCCUGGUGCGAGCCAACGCGCUGGCGGGCGACGUGCGCAAGCAUCGCGCGCUGCUGCUGCGUCUCGCGCGCCUCGACCCGCGCGCGCCGCGCGCCGCCCUGCACGCGCUCACCGCGCUCGCCGCGCACCACCCCGCGCUGCUCGCGCGCGUGCCCGCCGGCCUCAAGCUGCUGUAUGACCUGGACAUCGUGGAGGAGAAGACGAUAAUGGAGUGGGCGGCCAAGCCGUCGCGCAAGUACGCGCCCAAGGAGGUGGUGGCGGAGGUGGUGCGCCGCGCGCAGCCCUUCAUCGACUGGCUGCAGCAGGCCGACGAGGAGGAGUCCAGUGAGGAGGACAUCGAGAUCGAGUACGACGACCGCGCGGCGGCGGCACCCAUCAAGGCGGUGAGCGCCGCGCCGCCGCCGCCCGCCCGCGCCGCGCGCCCCGCCGACGACGAGCCCGACAUCGAC